UCGGAGGAUAAUCACUGAAUGAAUCCCGAUUCCGUGUGGGGUUCGCCGACCAACGAGCGGUUCGGCAUUCAUCAGCAGCGCUCCAAUAGGCGAGUCGUCAUGAGGGAGGGGAACAGCAAUCGUGAAUCUACCUCAUCGUGACACGCCUUGAAUCACGACAAAUCCACGCAAGCUUCUUCCGCCAUCCGAGGUCUGAAAGAGAUACUACUACUGCAUCAUCUCCAGAACCGGAGAGAUCUCCGCACCGCAAAAAGACAUUCCUCCAAGCAUGACCAGUAGCUCUGCCAGAUUCAUCAGAUGGGAUGCCCCGGGAGUGGACUCAAAGUCGACUGCGGAGGAGGAGAAUCUGAUCAAGCAAGUAGAGGAACAGAUCAACGAAUCUCAACGCCGAGUGUUCGAGUGUCAUCGCCGAGCCUUUAGCGGUACGCACGUCAAGACGCAAGGAGUGGUCAAAGGCACCAUCACUGUUCCUUCUCCAGAUGCUUCGACGCCCCCUUCAGAGUACGCGCAAGGUUUCUUCUCCAAGAGCGGAACGUAUCAGGUGCACCUGCGUUACAGUACCGAGACGACGGACCUGAUCGACGAUAGGGUUCCACAGCCACGCGGAAUAGGCCUCAAGAUAUUCGGCGUGGAAGGUGCCAAGCUGGGGGACGUGGAUGCAAAGACGCAAGAUUUCGAGUUCAACAGCGCUCCAGCCAUCGAGCUCGGUACUGCUCGAGUCUGCAGAGACAUUUUGGCUCUUAGACUUGAGCACGGACACGAUGCAAAGGAGCUGGAUGGGGAGCUAAAGAAGAGGGACGAUUACGAAGUGCAAGAUUCUCGUAAUCAUAUACCCAACAUCCAUUUGGUUUCUCAAGUUCAGUACAGCCAAUCGGCUUUUAGGCAUGGGGAAUAUGUCGCCAAGCAUCGUCUGGUGCCAAGCUCUGCUGCUCAAGAAGCCGCCAAGAGGGAGGUGAAGCCGGAGCACAAGGGCAACACUAUCCUCAGGGACUGGUUGCAAGAGUACUACAAGUCCAACGAAGCGACGUACGAUUUCCAAGUUCAGCUGUUGGAGAACAUUCAAGAGCAAGCAGUAGAGGACAACAGGAACGGAUGGGACGAGGACAAGUACCCCUUCGUGACAGUCGCAAAGCUCAACAUUCCUCCUCAAGAAAGCUUUGCCAUUCAUCGCGUCCGCUUCCACGAGCAGGAAUUGAUCAUCAAUCCCUGGUACGGGUUGGAAGCUCACAAGCCUCUCGGAUCACUCAACAGACUGCGCAAGGGCGUCUACGCUGCUAGCAGGCGUCUUCGAGGAGGCCUCAACGGCAGUGAACCUAAACACGUGUCUGAUAUCAACCAGAUCCCCGACAACUGACCGUCCUUUGAGAAUGGCACCAUUCGACUCGCGCUUCUCGUUUCGUCGAUCAAGCGCCUUUCGAAACUGCCCCUGCCUUUCACACUGCCCGUGUCGUAAUCAUCUGUCGAUUUGCAAGAUCGUGUCGUGAUAAAGUACAUGCCUCGUCUAUGGA